AAACGAAGAUUUAUAAUCGAAAGAUUGUUAAAUUUUUUAAUGGCACGCGUAUAUUUUUACUGAAUAUCCAAAUGAAUCGUAUCGUUCCAGACAAUGUUAGACAUGGUGUCACCCAAAGACAAGUGGAACAGUCCAAAUAGCUGGCACCGAACACCCGAGUCGAGAGUGAGACCAGUGUGGCUAAUUCAAGACACGACAAAGAAGCUCAGUUCUUGCCGUUUCUUUAGUGAAUAUAAUAGUGUUAACGCCUUAAAUACAUGUGGUUAAGUUACAUUAGCGGUGGAGAUAUGAUUAUUAUGAGCAGAAGUUGAUCUGAACCCAGAGGAUGCUAGAGUCAUCAUCAGAGUUCCCCCUUUCCCUGGAUAAUUUGUUCUUUGACAGACCAGUGGUUCAUAAAGUGAAACCAUUAUGUCAGGAGAAGAGCGUGUGGAAGCUGGAUGCCGCACCCGAAAUUUCAGCAAUCCCAGCAACUCAGGAGCUCCAGAAAGAGGCAGAAAGCCUGGCUUCUACAGCUUACUCUCAGAAGACAAAGAAGUUUUUGACGCCUUUACGAAGACCCGGCGUCAGCGUAGGACGGUGUGUUCAAAGUCUGACAGACGAAGCAGAAACCCAGCAGGUGUUUGAAGUGUGGAGGCCUGAAGUGUCUGUGUCUGGAUUCCAUCCCACUGUCAGUAGGCAUCAGGGCUGCCCUGCCGCGUCGCAGAAUUCGGGAGAAAUUGGACAUUUUCAUCCCACUGGUGCUAAACUCAUAACCCGGUUAUUUAAACCGCCCAUGAGGAAGCUCGACAGCGUUUCCGUUCCAGCAACGAACCAUCACUGUGUCAGUUCGGUUGCUACAGCGAUGGAGCAUCCACUCCUGCCUCACGCCGUGGCUGCUUCCUGUAGCCCUUUCGGAGAGUUCAGCCAGACGGAGGGAUGCAGCAGUCCACAACAAAACUGCUCUGUUUUUCACCCUCUCACUCCCAAGCCUGUUCAGAUACAAGGUGAUAUGGACUCAACAUGCACAGAGGGUCUAAUCAAGAUUAAAAACCAACCAACGCUGCUGAGUCUGAUACACACACACACACACACCAUGUCAGUGUCACUGAUGUGCUGAGAGUGGACCACCACCCAGAUAAUAUUUGCUCAGAGCAACAGAUGGACUAAGAAGUUAUCUAGAUUGUGUGUGGAAGGGAUGAAAUAGCCAAACGUUGGUGGACAAAUCUUAAUGAAAUGAUCUAGCCCACCAAGUAAGUAAACACUACAGUGUGUUGCACAGUCCCAUGUUUUGGAGGCCCAGAUCCUUAAGUGACUAAUUGGCUUAAAAACAGAGAAUGCUAAUGAAAAAAAUAUACAGUGAGCUAAAAAGCUAAAUAAGCGUGGUGUGGUUUUCUGUCCUUGCAUCACACAUGAAUGAGACCAUUCUAUUCUUUACUACAAGGCAUCGUCAACUCAGUGUAUCUUAAUAGACAGACAGACAGAUAGAUAGGUAGGUAGGUAGGUAGAUAGAUAGAUAGAUAGACAAAGAUGAAGAUAGACAGACAGACAGACAGAUAGAUAGAUAGAUAGAUAGAAAAAACAUGAAAGAUAGAUAGACAAAGAAUGAGGAUAGAUAGACAGACAUAGAUAGACAAAAAUGGAGGACAGAUGGAUAGAUAGAUAGAUAGAUAGAUAGAUAGAUAAAUUAAGCAUCGUGUGGUUUUCUGUCCUUGCGUCACAUGGUACACAGAGAUCAUUCUAGUCUGCAAACAUCAGACUAAGUUCCCUACAAGUUAAUAAACCUGCAUCCUAAUGAUGAGAACAAAUCUUUUAUUCCCACAUGAUUUAAGGCACAUCCGGACCAGGGAUCCUCCGUCCCGUGUCUGAAAUCCCUGUUAAAUUCAGGAGCGUCUUCAGCGAGUUCCCGUACUUCAACUAUGUGCAGUCUAAAGCGCUGGAUGAUGUUCUUUACAGCAGCAGGAACUUUGUUGCGUGCGCUCCCACCGGCUCGGGGAAAACGGUGCUGUUUGAGUUGGCUAUCAUUCGAAUCUUAAUGGAGACAACGGAACCUUGGCAUGAUGUCAAGGCCGUCUACAUGGCGCCCAUUAAGGCUCUUUGCAGUCAGCGAUAUGAAAACUGGAAGCAGAAAUUCGGGCCACUGGGACUGAACUGCAAAGAGCUGACAGGAGACACCGAGAUCGAUGACUAUUUUGAAAUCCAGGAUGCCCAUCUCAUCAUGACAACACCAGAAAAGUGGGACAGUAUGACGAGGAAGUGGAGAGAUAACGCUUUACUGCACUCGGUCCGGCUCUUUCUGAUCGACGAGAUCCAUGUGGUGAAAGAUGUGACCCGAGGAGCGACUCUGGAGGUUGUGGUCAGCAGAAUGAAGACCAUGCAGUCGUACCGCAUGGCUGAAGAGCCACACUCAAAGACCUGCAUGAGAUUUGUAGCAGUCUCAGCCACCAUCCCAAACCUACAGGAUAUAUCCGAGUGGCUGUCGGACGAAUCGGGUCCAGCCGCGUGUCUGAAGAUGGACGAGAGCCACAGGCCAGUGAAACUGAGGAAAGUGGUGUUGGGAUUUCCGUGUGCAAACAACCAGAACGAAUUCAAAUUCGACCUCUCUCUCAACUACAAGAUGGCCAGCAUCAUUCAGACCUACUCCGACCAGAAACCCACGCUGGUGUUUUGUUCCACGAGGAAAGGAGUUCAACAGUCUGCUGCUGUGCUCGCCAAGGACACCAGAUUCAUUAUGAGUAUUGAUCACAGACAGAGGCUGAUGAAAUAUGCCAACUCUAUUCUCGAUACCAAACUCAGAGAUCUAAUAAUGUGUGGCGUGGGGUAUCACCACGCUGGUGUCAGUGUGUCGGACAGGAAACUGGUCGAAGACGCGUUUACAGUCGGCGACUUGCCCGUCCUCUUCACUACCAGCACUUUGGCGAUGGGUGUAAACCUGCCAGCUCACCUGGUGGUGAUCAAAUCCACCAUGCACUAUGUGGGCGGAGCGUGUGAGGAGUACAGCGAAGCCGACAUGCUGCAGAUGAUUGGUAGAGCGGGCAGACCACAGUUUGACACAUCAGCCACUGCUGUGAUCAUGACUCGAUCUCAGACUAGAGAGAAGUACCUGCAGUUAGUGAGUGGUUCAGAGACCAUAGAGAGCAGCUUGCAUACAAACCUGGUAGAGCAUCUGAAUGCCGAGAUUGUCCUUUACACCAUCUCUGACGUGAACAUGGCUUUAGACUGGAUUCGUUCCACGUUCCUCUACAUCCGAGCUUUGAAGAAUCCCAAACACUAUGGUUUUUCUCCUACUCUCGACAAAUGUGGAAUCGAAACCAAACUGCAAGAGCUUUGUCUAAGAAACUUGAACGCACUGGCUUCGUAUAAUUUGAUCACAAUGGAUGAGGACAUAAACAUCAAGACUACAGAGAGUGGGAAGCUGAUGGCUCGAUAUUGUGUUGCGUUUGACACCAUGAAGCAGUUUAUGAAGGUGACCGGUACAGAAACCUUGUCUGAACUGGUCGAUAUAAUAUCGAAGGUGAAGGAGUUCAGUGACGUCCAGCUAAGAGUCAGUGAGAAGAGAACCCUGAACAUGCUAAACAAGGAUAAGAACAGGGUCACUAUCCGGUAUCCGAUGGAGGGAAAGAUCAAAAGCAAUGACAUGAAAGUUAACUGUUUGAUUCAGGCUCAGCUGGGCUGCAUCCCGAUUCAGGAAUUUGGACUCACGCAAGACACUGGGAAGAUUUUCAGGAGUGGAAUCAGACUUAGCAAAUGCCUGGUGGAGUUUCUCACUCAACACUCCAAGAAGAAUUUCUCAGCCCAACUCAACGCCGUGAUUCUGGCCAAGUGCUUCAGAGCCAAGCUGUGGGAGGAUUCGCCCUACGUCUCCAAACAACUGGACAGGAUUGGGUUAUCUUUGGCUAAUGCAAUGGUGAAUGCAGGACUGACUUCAUUCAGCAAAAUUGAAGCCAUCAAUGCUCGAGAACUGGAGCUGAUCGUGAACCGACACCCUCCGUUUGGAAACCAGAUUAAAGAAGCCGUCAGCAGACUCCCAAAAUACGAAGUUAGUCUGGAACAGCUUCCCCGUUACAGUGUCUCCACCGCAGAGAUCGUUAUCACAGUGAACUUGAAGAACUUUGAGGAGCGGAUGUUGAAAAGGACUGCACCAGACUAUCAUUAUAUCACGCUCAUAAUCGGAGACUGUGACAACAACGUCAUCUUCCAGCAGAAGAUCUCAGACACUUUACUGCUGAAAUCUGGAAGCUGGUCGAGGAGGAUCGAGGUGACGAGAACGCCUAGCGGAGAUGAGAUCAGCGUCAAUUUAAUCAGCUCUGAGUAUGUUGGUCUGGAUAUCCAACAGAAAUUCAGUGCCUUCUACUCAGGAGCAAAGACGUUUAGAGCUGAAUCGUACGGAGCAGAGAGUCCAGCGUUUAUGAGAAACAUGAGAGAAAGUCCACAGAGAAACACCAGCACGGAGAAACCUCCCGCAGCACAAGCUACUGUGCAGAGAGACCGGUUCAAAACAGAUCGUGCUCAAAUCGAUCCCAGCAAACGGCAGUGUAACCACUUUUGUAAAAACAAGCAGCUCUGUGGUCAUGAAUGCUGCAAAUUUGGUGUACAGAAAAGGCUCGUGAGUCAGGAUCCCACUUUCUCAUCAUAUCUCCAUGAUCUAAAGCUGAGGAACGAUAAACUCAUGGAGACCCCGGUCAAGCGCUUGAAGAUGAGGAUGAAAAGUGAGGCAGAGGCCAUCAACAUGCAGCAGUUCUCCUACACACCGAAAGAACCAGUGCCUGCUGCUACACGGAUUCAGAGAUGUCUUGCUACACCUCAACAGCAGGCGUAUGUUGAGUCAUGUCAUGAUGAGUACAACGAGAACACUGAAGAUUUUUAUUCUGAAAUGGAUGACGCAGUGGAGGAACAGGUCUUCCAGACUAACGCCGACACUACAUUCCACAAUGCUUCCAUGAGCAGAGAAGCCACAAACAGAGCGCUGAGCAGAAUCCCUCCCGGUGAAGCCACAGCUCACAUCUCACACGCAGACCUCAGCACCGACGGUGGCUUUUCAUCCGACGUCCUCAACGUGAACUUUGACCUGGCGCUGGACGACUGGGACGAUUUCAGUGACGAUAACUUCAUGACAGCUUGUGAGGAUCUGUUCCAUCAGGGGCGUGGCUCUGCUCAAACUACAGGUCCUCCUGUCUGUGUGGAAGCUAAACCAGGAUCACUGAGACCUCAGACACCAUCAAGGGUUGGAGGUGCAGCUCUGCCGCCGCAAAAUACCGCAAAAAUGACUUUUACUACAAAGAGAGCGUGUCCGGAAUUUUCCGUCACCUCAGUGAAGCAGCCGCUCGCGAAACAGAGCGAAAAUAUCUCACGAAUGAAUUUCUUUACAAAGAGAGAUUCACCGUUCGAGGAGCACAAAAGCACCGGGAGGAGUCAGACGGACGAGGACCGAGAGGUCGACAUGUUCCUCGGUAUAUUUGAUGGAAUUUUCUGAAUUUUUUAAAAAAAAUUUUAUGAAUGAACGAAUUAAUUAAUUCUUUAAAAUGUUCUAUAUUAUACUAUAAAAGUAUACAGUAUUUACAUAAUGAAAAUUAUUUUUUUUCAUGAAUUUGUUCAUUCAAAAUGUUACGUAAGUUCUUCACAUGUGAAAUGAGUCAUGUUGUAAAGUUUAUAGCCUCCUGUUAAAAUUCAUUCCUUUAUUUAUCUAGCAAAAUUUACGCUAGAUGUGGUGAGGUUACGACUGCGCACACCGUGGAUAAAAAUAAACAAACAAACAAAUAAAUAAAAUGCCUUAUUUGCAAUAUAACACGAAUUUCACUGGAUGAAUUUGAACAUUUUAUGUUGUUAUUAUAUUAAGUAAUUUAAUUUAAAUAUACCGUAAUAUUUUGUAGUUUAAAAAAAAAAUGAAAUGUUCAUAAAUUGCAUGUUUUUAAAAGUUAAACAAAAGAAAUAAAUUCAGCAGGGAUGAGAAGAAAUCUAUGAAUGAAAUGAAAUGUGAAAAAUCAGGUGUCUUUUUAACAUAAUUU